UUCUGAUAGCAGGCAGCCAUCUUGCUUGGAGCCUGAGAAAGGGAGGAGAGACAGAAGGAACCGGCGACAGUGGUCUCAGGGCCGCUCCGGGGGGCCUCAAGAACCGGAGGCAGCCCCGGAGGUGGUUCCCGAUCCCGGGCUAUGCUCUUGGACCUGAGAAGGGAAGGCGGAGGGCGGCGGGGACAGGAUGGAUGGGGAAUGUCAAGCAAGGAAUGCUAGGCGGGGGAGGGGCGUUGCUAUGGCGACUGGGGAGGGGCGGUGUCUGUUCUGAAUCGCUGUGUGUCACCCCGGCGCUGCCCAGGAAGGGCAGGGCUGGGGUGAUGACCAUGGUAACAGCCGGGUGGGAGUUCGUGACAUCUCCGGCGCGGAGGGACUCGAUGUCUAUGGCAGUGGUCGCCUGGCGGACGGGACGGAACUAGAUCCCUUCGCUCGGGACGCUCACAUUCCAGGCCCUUGUCCUGCAGGCUCCCGCGGGCGGACACGCCAGAGGAGGAGGCCGGGGAAUGGCCGCGGUGUGGCAGCAAGUCUUAGCAGUGGACGCGAGGUGAGGCGUGGGGUCGAAGCCCAUGGGAGCAGAACUUACUGUGGUGCAUGCGCAAUGGCGAUAAGUGAGGCUGGGCGGAGAACUUGCCUUAAUGCGGCUGCGUGGGCAUGCCGGAGGUACAACGCGUACCGCACACCAACGUUUCCACAGUUUCGGACGCAGUAUAUCCGCCGGCGCAGCCAGCUGCUGCGGGAGAAUGCCAAGGCUGGGCACCCCCCAGCGCUGCGUCGGCAGUACCUGAGGCUUCGGGGGCAGCUGCUGGGCCAGCGCUACGGACCCCUCUCCGAGCCAGGCAGUGCUCGUGCCUAUAGCAACAGCAUCGUCCGCAGUAGCCGCACUACCCUUGACCGCAUGGAGGACUUUGAGGAUGAUCCUCGGGCCCUGGGGGCCCGUGGGCACCGUCGUUCUGUCAGCCGAGGCUCCUACCAGCUACAGGCACAGAUGAACCGUGCUGUCUAUGAGGACAGGCCCCCUGGCAGCGUGGUGCCCACGUCAGCGGCAGAGGCAAGUCGGGCCAUGGCCGGGGACACAUCACUGAGCGAGAACUAUGCCUUUGCGGGCAUGUACCAUGUUUUUGACCAGCACGUGGAUGAGGCAGUCCCAAGGGUGCGCUUCGCGAAUGAUGACCGGCACCGCCUGGCCUGCUGCUCACUCGACGGCAGCAUCUCCCUGUGCCAGCUGGUGCCCGCCCCACCCACAGUGCUUCGUGUGCUACGGGGCCACACCCGUGGUGUCUCUGACUUCGCCUGGUCCCUCUCCAAUGACAUCCUCGUGUCCACCUCACUGGAUGCCACCAUGCGCAUCUGGGCCUCUGAGGAUGGCCGCUGCAUCCGGGAGAUCCCUGACCCUGAUGGCGCUGAACUGCUCUGCUGCACCUUCCAGCCCGUCAACAACAACCUCACCGUGGUGGGGAACGCCAAGCACAACGUGCAUGUCAUGAACAUCUCCACGGGCAAGAAAGUGAAGGGGGGCUCCAGCAAGCUGACGGGCCGUGUCCUUGCUCUGUCCUUUGAUGCCCCUGGCCGGCUGCUCUGGGCGGGUGAUGACCGGGGCAGUGUCUUCUCUUUCCUCUUCGACAUGGCCACGGGGAAGCUGACUAAAGCCAAGCGUCUGGUGGUGCAUGAGGGGAGCCCUGUGACCAGCAUCUCAGCCCGGUCCUGGGUCAGCCGCGAGGCCCGGGAUCCCUCACUGCUCAUCAAUGCUUGCCUCAACAAGCUGCUGCUCUACAGGGUGGUAGACAACGAGGGGACCCUGCAGCUGAAGAGAAGCUUCCCCAUCGAGCAGAGCUCACAUCCUGUGCGCAGCAUCUUCUGUCCCCUCAUGUCGUUCCGCCAGGGGGCCUGCGUGGUGACGGGCAGUGAGGACAUGUGCGUGCACUUCUUUGAUGUGGAGCGGGCGGCCAAGGCUGCCGUCAACAAGCUGCAGGGCCACAGUGCACCUGUGCUUGAUGUCAGCUUCAACUGCGACGAGAGCCUACUGGCCUCCAGUGACGCCAGCGGCAUGGUCAUCGUCUGGAGGCGGGAGCAGAAGUAGGGUCCUGUCAGCCCUGCUGCUGUCCUCCAUCCCACCCCUCUUACUCCAGCCUCGUGUUGUAAAUAAAGUUUCGGUGGUCGUGCUGAGGGCCAGCUCCCAACUCUGCCAGGGACGGGCAGGGCAGCGGGCAGCUCCAGGAACACAGUGGAACGGGGUUCAUUGACUCAUUCGUGCAUUCAUGCAUCGACGGAUUCAUUCAUUCCACAAGCAUUGAUUGAAUGUCUGCUGGGUCACAGGCACCGCCUUAACUGUUUUACAUACUCAUGCAUUCGAUAGACAUUAGUGAGCCCCGACCGUGUGCCAGGAACCGUUCUGGGCACUGGGGAUACUGCUCUGACCUAAACUGACAGAAAUGCCUGCCCUCAUUGGGCUUGCAUCAUAAUGGAGACAGUAGACAAAAAUACGGAACAGGCCAGCUAAUGAUGAGUGGUGUGAAGAAAAUAAAGCAAGGAUGGGAGACAGAGCUACA